CCGUAUACUCUAAACACAUGGCACUGAUUAAAUCUUCAUUCAGCUUGGCAAGGCUGGCUUUUCUCAACUUUCUGAGACAUCCCAAAAAUCCACAGUCAUUGGCUAAAGGCGUUACAGCUCCAUUAAGAGUAAGGGGUGUGGCUUAUAAUCAAUUCAGUACCUCUGCAGCAUUAUUAGCUAAAUCAAAAGCGGCUCAAGAUGAUGCAACAGAAUUGAAAUAUGAAGGAAUGAGUACUACUGUAUGCCAGGGAGCCAAUUACUACACACACGGAUCUGAUCCUGAGCUAAAGGAUGAUUCUGAAUACCCUGACUGGCUGUGGACUCUGUUAGAUCCUCCUGCCGAAGAUAGCAAGACAUACCAUAGACAGCAGAAGAAAGCAAAAGCUAGAUUACGUAAUAAAUUAAUGAAACACAAAGAAUGAUUUACACCAUUCAUCAUUAUGUAAAUAUGUAUAUAAUCAAUCAA